AACCCCACCCCUAAGUCGCCUGACGCUGAACCACAAACCCCUUCUCACUUCCAGCCCCGCAGAUCUCCAUUUUCUUUCCCCGAUAUUCAGGAACUGAGGAGUAAAGACUUGGGAAAAUGAAUGAAGAAUACGACGUUAUCGUCCUGGGCACCGGUCUCACGGAAUGCAUUUUAUCAGGGAUCAUGUCAGUGAAGGGGAAGAAGGUCCUGCACAUGGACCGCAACUCCUACUAUGGAGCUGAGAGUGCUUCCAUCACGCCACUCGAAGAUCUCUACAAGCGCUUCAGUCUUCCUGGCAAACCUCCUGAGUCAAUGGGAAAAGGAAGAGACUGGAAUGUGGACCUCAUCCCUAAAUUCCUCAUGGCCAACGGUCAGCUGGUCCGCAUGCUGCUGAUAACACAGGUGACUCGCUACCUGGAUUUCAAAGUGAUUGAGGGGAGCUAUGUGUAUAAGGCGGGCAAAAUCUAUAAAGUUCCCUCCACUGAGACUGAGGCUUUGGCUUCCAGUUUGAUGGGGUUGUUUGAGAAACGGCGCUUCAGAAAGUUCCUGAUCUUCAUCGCCAACUUUGAUGAGAAUGACCCGAAAACCAUGGAAGGCGUCGACCCCCAAAAAACACCCAUGAGGGCAAUUUUCCAAAAGUUUAGCCUUGGCCAGGAAGUCAUCGACUUCACUGGUCACUCCCUCGCCCUCUACCGCACAGAUGAUUACCUGGAUCAACCUUGCAUCGAAACGAUUAACAGGAUAAAGCUUUACAGUGAAUCUCUGGCCAGAUAUGGCAAGAGCCCGUACCUCUACCCACUGUACGGCCUGGGAGAACUGCCACAGGGAUUUGCCAGGCUGAGUGCUAUCUAUGGAGGCACAUACAUGCUGAACAAGCCAAUUGAGGAGAUUGUGAUAGAGAAUGGGAAGGUGGUGGGUGUCAAGUCUGAGGGAGAGAUCGCCAGGUGCAAGCAGCUGAUCUGCGACCCCAGCUACAUCAUGGAUCGCUCCCAGAAAGUGGGUCAGGUGAUACGAGUCAUCUGCGUCUUGAGUCACCCCAUCGCCAACACUGGAGACAUCAACUCUUGCCAGAUCAUCAUCCCCCAGAAUCAAGUCAACAGGAAACACGACAUCUACGUUUGUAUGAUCUCCUUUGCUCACAACGUGGCAGCACAGGGUAAAUAUAUUGCCAUUGCCAGCACCACAGUCGAGACAAACGACCCGGAGAAAGAGAUCAAGCCUGCCCUGGACCUACUGGAGCCCAUUGAGCAGAAGUUUGUCAGCAUCAGUGACCUGUACGCACCCACCGACCUGGGCACCGAGAGCCAGAUUUUCAUCUCCCGCUCGUACGACGCCACAACUCACUUUGAGACCACCUGUGACGACAUCAAGGACAUCUACCGCAGGAUGACGGGCUCGGACUUUGACUUUGCCGAGAUGGAGCGCCGGAAGCAGGACAUCUUUGGCGACGCCGCCGAGUAGAGGCAGACUCUUCCACGGCACUCUACAUAUCAAAGACAACGCUGCCAGAGAAUUGAAAUCCUACAAAAAUAAAUUAAACCUAAACAAAAAUGUACACAAACAAUGGGCUGUCUGCUUAUCGGAGAACAUGGUUCGCCCAUUGAGAAAGUUUGAGAUAUAGACAUAGUUUUGUUGGAUGUGGUUCAGGGACGGAGCUAUGCUUUUCAUAUCACAUUUAGAUGGAUGUUGCACUAAACAGUGGUUAUGCCUAAUAAUUCAGUAAAUACCCUAGUAAGUCUGUGCUUCAUCAUGUUAAAAUGAUACUUAGUCCAAAGAUGCCAAACAAAUAUUCAUAAUAUCUUACAGUGGGGGGGGGUUAUCUACAUGACAGGUAUUACAUCUGCAGGUGUUUUUCAUGUCAGGGUAAGAGAGCUUUGUGCGUUGUCUGAAUAAAAUCAUGUGAAUAGCUGAGUUCUUCAUAUGCGUGCCCCUGAUUUAUAUCGUCAUAUAACUUUGUGAAAUAAAAUGGUUUAGGAAGGUGUAAGUGGAUACUUGUGGUGUAGUUUUGCCUCCUUACAUCGUAUAAUCGUCAGCACAGCCAGGCAGAAUACUGUAAGCCACGCUUCCAGACUACCUGAACCUGAUUCAACAGCUUGACUUAAUAUAACACCAGCGGGGAUGUAUUACAUGUUUUUAUGCAAAGCAACAGAAAGCCUGAGUGUUAACAGCAGGUCGAUGGGAAGUGAGGUUUGGCUGUAAACUGCUUAAGAAGGACCAAAUGUGUACUGCAGUAGUACUGAAUUGAGGAGAGCCUUCUGUGUUUUUGAGCGACUGUUGAGAACUAUGUGAUGGGUUCAAAUGAUUUCUGUACUGCAAAGUAAAAAGAAACAACUUUGUCAAAAACCUAAA